CAACUUUGAAGAGGCGCGAUUUCGUGAGAUGUCAAUGGCCGAGGUUGCCGGUGAAGACGUGCAUGAAUAUGACGUCCACGAGGGUAGGCUGAACGUGAAGAACGUCACGGUUGCGUCGCUCUCGGACAUUCGCUUGGUGUCCCCUGGUCAGUUGAAGUGCCUCAACGUGUCGGACAAUGUCUUGCUCAACAUGCAACCGGCGCACGACUUUCCGUUGCUCCAGGCAUGACACUACUGUUCAUGUGUCGGUAGGAUCUGACUCUCGUUAGCACUUGACGUUGACUCGGAAUUGGAUCGUCGACAUGGGACCCGUCCGGCAGUUUCCGCACCUUCUCCACCUGGACCUGUCCCACAACAAUAUUCGACAAGUUGAUGGGAUCGACAUGUUGACCCACUUGCAGGUGUUGAACCUAAGCCAUAACGACUUGCGCAACUUUCUGGCGAUCCGCCCGCUGUCGCUCAAUCAAUCUAUUCGUGUAUUGCACUUGCACAACAACGUCGUGGCGACACUCAGCGGGUACCGCGCUCGCGUGUCGUCCCUGUUGCCCCAAGUAUUCAUGCUCGACGACGUUCGCUUUCCUCGCUUUGCGUCUCUCAAAAAGUUGCCCAGUCCUUCCUGUCGAGCAUGCGGCCACACUGCGCUUCCGCCACACUUGGCACCGUCUCAGGGGCGACGACUGUCCAAGGACGAACAGGCGUUGUGCGACGCCGUGAGGAGUAAACCUCGACUACCAAACGCUGCCAAAAAAUCGACACCCCCACUAGCCGUGCACCCCCACCCAACCUCGUCGCAGAUGCCAAAUCGUUUUCAACAGGAACACGAGGAUAGUGGCCGUCAGCUCUUCAUCCAACAGAAAAUGCAUGACCGACCAAAGCAAGCCAAAGCCACCGUCGCAGCGCGAUCUCGACACAUGAGCUUGAUUGAGCGCAAGCUUUUGCAAUUGAUCGCCUCGAAAGACGACCACAAGAAGCCAAUGGCUCCAGCGCCGAAGACUACGACGCCAUGCAAGAGCCAACGCAGCAACCAGUUGGACGUGGACGCGCUCACGUCCAUGGAAGACAGCAACGACAGCAAAACACCCAGCCCCACGUCCUGCGCGGACAACCAUCUGCAUCCCCUCGACGACAUGUUCACGGACGACAUGGAGUACCACGAAGACAUGAUGCAGCAACUGCAGCACAACAUCACCCCAACAACAACUAUGGAGUCUGAGACAUCGUACUACGGAUUCGACCAAGCGUGGGCCAGCUGUGCUGCGCUCGAGAAAUUGUUUGACACGUCGUUGCCGCUGUACGACGACCAAGUGAUAGCACUGGCACAGGCGGCCGCGGAGGACUUGCCAUUCCAAAACGUGCACCUCGGGACCGUCCUUCGGGAGUUUGCCCAAGUGUUGAGUCUGCAGCAAGAGCCUCAAUCGCCACAAAGCGAGACGUCGGAAAUGACGCAGAUACAGCAGUUCCUCCGUCGAAAUUAACUUGUUAACAUGUUAGCUGGCAAGGCAUGUUACAGUAGCUGGCAAG